AUGAUAUCAGCUGCUUUGAACAUAGAACAAGAAAACAAAGAGACAAAACUUCAGCAAGCUAAUGCACAACAUACGGAUAUGAAAUUCAUCGUGCUUUUUGCGCUUGCUGCAUGGACAACAUGCGAACCGCUUCUUACACCGAAGAUGUUGUUGACAACAAAAGUCAAACAACUGGUAACCGCAUUUUUGAGUGAUGAGCAACUCUCGAGGGCCAUUGACAUCGCUGCCCUCGACAUUCACAACGGAAAGCUGGUCGAUGAAGUAAUGACAGACUUACAUAGUUACUUCACCGAUUCACUGGAUGACACACAACACAGAGUAAUAAAUAAUGCUUACGAAAACAUGUCCAAGGAUCUCGGCGAAGAAGGUGCACAAAAUGUGUUUGAACGAGCGAAGAAAAUCGUGUCAUAUGCCGUGUCGCCUGCAGUGGAAAUAGUGCGCGUGGAAGGUGUGACACCAGAUUUGUCGUACUUAUCGAUGGCACGACAGUUGACGCCAAAUUUUGUGAGGACCGUGGCAGCUCUGGUCAAGGACACGCUGACACCGGCUGAAUGGAACAGCGCAAGAACGCAUUUUGGGCCAAUGCUGCAAAUGCUGGACAAUGACGUACAGCAAUCGUGGAAUCCUUUGCCCGUUACCAUCCCUUGA